GGGUUUUUUUUCUCCCAAGUUCUCGAAAAUGACACAGUACCUUCACAAAGCUAUAUGUCAACAGCCAAAAGCAAACUUGAUCAGUGGGUAACAGCCCAAGAGACAAGAUGAUCUUGGCAUCUUUUUUCAUCUGCAUCUUCUGGCCUGAUGUGACAGGUGCAACACAGGUGAUUCACAAGUCUGUACAAACAGCCACAGCUGGAGACAAUGUGACCUUGAACUGUCAGUUGACUGGAAAACAUGACAUUGUUCAGAUCACCUGGCAGAAGGAGCAUGGAAAAAAUAAGACCAACAUAGCUACAUUCAGUGAAAGUCAUGGCUCUAGGGUGCUGGGAAAAUAUCAAAGUAAUGUGCAACUUUUCCAGAGUGGGAUGGCCAUUUCUGCUAUCACCUUCCACACUGUUGCCUUGAAAGAUGAAGGCUGUUAUGACUGCAUAUUCAACACAUUUCCCUUGGGAUCCAUCUCAGGCAAGACAUGCCUCAGGGUUUAUGCUCUGACAGAGCCCAAAGUGACUGUGAAGCAUAUUAUUGAUCCAGAAAAAGCUGGAAAGGGAGUGCUUGAAAUCAGCUGCUCAGCAACAGGGAAGCCAGAGCCAGUGAUCACCUGGAAGUUCCCUAGACAUCUUCUUAUCCAGCCAAAGCAAUAUGCCAUUCAGCAGCUGAAUGAGACAGUGACUGUGGUCAGCAAUUUCACUCAUAUAUUCUCCCAAAUCGUCUGGGAGAAUCCAAUAAUCUGUGUUAUUCAUCAUCUAUCUUUAAAUCACACACAAGAGUUGACUGUACCUGUGACUGUGAUAGAAGAAACGCCAAACAAAAAUCCAGGAACUGACAUCACACUUCCUAUAUGCAUUUUGGUUACCCUGAUUCUCAUAUCCCUGUUAAUUUACUACUUGUGGUGGAGGCUACUUCCAGCAGAGAAAAAGCAAGGCCUGCAAUUAUGUUGUGUUCUCCCUGUAUGUCCUGUAACAGUAACAAAUGGAAAAUAUGCUUACACUCUGCAAGAAGUUUCAGUGAAAUCUCUUCCUGAAGGAAAACUUCCAGACAGAUGAAAAAGCUUUGGCCAAAAACCAUCUUUUAGUUGUUGUUUUUUUUAAAAAUGAGUUCUUCAACUAUAUAUCUAUAUCUAUAUAGUUAUAUAUAAUUCUAUAUAAUAUAUAAUAACCUAUAUAUAAUUAGUACCUCCUGUAUAUAAACAAUGA